UCAUCUGUUUCCUUUCCGCAUUUCGCCUUCACUGUCAGUCAGGUGGUUUUGAUGGCGUGUUUAUUCGUUGUGGGUAGCAUUGUUUACUUCAGCGGUGCUGCUCUUUACAUUUUUGCCGGAAAACAUGUCAGGGAGGCCAGGAUUCUUAAAUCUGUUACCCGGGUCAACCAGCUGAAGGACCUAGCACAACUGUUGGAUGAAGAAAUAUCACCCUUGGCUGUUACAAUCUCUGGCGAAGUUGCUUCUGAAAACCCAAUGAAGUGUGAGAUUGCCAAUUUAAGAGGUGUAAUAGCUGAAGAAACCGUAGAGAAAAUUUAUCUUAAAAAUGAGGAUUUUACUAUUAGGCAAAAAGAGAAAUGCAACUGUGUUAAUCACAACAAGACAUGCAAUGUUGCCUGGACACUACAUUCUGAGUUUAUCUCAUCCAUUCCUAAAGAGGUCCCAUGGUAUCUGGAUGAUGGGACUGAUCGUGUGUAUGUUGUUGGAGCUCGUUUUGCGACUGAUUUUGUAUUACCUGUAAGAAGAUCAAAAUUUGACGAGUUGGGUCAGACACUUGUAGGUGAAACAUCAUAUCAUAUUCAAGAUAUAAAGAUCCUUGGAUUGAAGAGGAUUGAACGAGUACUUCCGGUUGGAACUUUGUUGACUGUUGUUGGUGAGGCCUCUAAAGAUGAUGACGGGACCAUUCGAAUUCAGCAACCUCCCAAAGGACCAUUUUAUGUGUCUUGCAAAAUGAUUGAUGAACAUAUUGCAGAUUUUGAGGGUUCUGCAAGGUUGUGUAAGUAUAUUUCUAUGGGCCUGACAACGAUUGGUGCUAGUCUAAUAGCCAAAAAUGCAAUUGGAAGUCGAGGUUGAACUGAACUGUGAAAAAGAUUCAGUGGAAAUUGCUCCUAUGGCUCCUCCCGAAGGCGUUGGUAGACAUCAAGUUGAUUCUUCAUAGUUGUGAAUAGAUAAUUUUUUUUGCUGCAAGUUUUCUAAGUCAACAUUUUUUUGUAAGAGAAGAGAUAUAUUCUUUUAUCAAAUCUGAAGUUUUA